AUGGAGAAGCGGGGUCGGGGAGACGUGCUUUUCCGGAACCUCAAUCGAGAUGACGGGCUGUGGCAGACAGCGCAGUUGAAGACAAAAUCGAACACUUCCCAACCGAAGGCGGUGAAAGGCGAAGAGAAACCGCGCUCGAAACAGCGCUCUGCCGAGGAGAUUCUCGCUGGCUUCCGUAGUGGUUGGACGGAAAAGCUUCAAGAGGAGCCUGUGACAUCUGACGCCCAGGCGCCCAGCGCGCGCAGUGCGCGCAGCCGGAGCCCGAAGCGAGAGUCCGACGGCCGAUCGCCGUCGCGCUCGAGGCAUCGAGAGUGGCGCAAGGCCGUGGAUGACUUGCUGCUCCAAGUGGAUGCUGCCCUCAAAGAUCUAAAAGAACAUCCAAAGACGGUCCCAGCAUCUUCGCCUUCAGAGUUCGAGAAGUUGAACGAAGAAGAAUCCUUCGAAGAUGCAUUGAAAGAUGUUAGAAGUGCCACAAACGCUGCACCCAAAGAUGCCAAUCUCAGUGUUCCCAGCCAAUCCAUCGUUCUCACACAAUCAAUGAUGUCCAGCGCCUCGAUGCGAGAGGGUGGCGAGGCUCGCGAGGCUCGCGAAGGGCCUUUGAGAAAGAGUAUGAGCUCCAACUCUUUGCUGAGGUCACGCACCACCGUGGCCAAUGACUUUCCUCCGGGGCCUUUGCGAAAGGUGGUGGUCGAGGUAUUGGCAGAUGAUACGGAGGACCUGCCUGCGGCUAAUACAUGGUGGCAAUGGCUCCAACAAAAAUGCAUCCAGAUUGUGCGAUCUCGCUGGUUUGAGUUUCUGGCGGGCUUCGUGAUUUUGUUGAAUUUGAUCACGAUUGGAAUCGAAGCACAUGUCUCCGUUACGGAGGGGACAGUCUAUAACUCCGAUUUUUGGCCGGGAGGAGUUGAGCGUAUUUUCUUGUCUCUCUACUGCAUCGAGGCCAUCAUACGAGUUUUGGCAGGCGGGUGGUCAACCUUCAAAGAUUGGUGGUUCCUGUUGGAUCUUGUCUUGAUCAUCGUGGGAUUGCUGGCUUUGUUGGUGAUCCCGAUCAUGAACGCUGAGUCUGAUAUGUCAGGCUCUGAGAAGCUCUUGGUGGUCCGCGGGCUGCGGCUCUUCCGAUUGAUGAGGGCUUUGCGGAUGCUAAGUCACUUCAAGAUAGUGUGGCGAUUGGUUUAUGGUCUUCUUACUGCCGUGCAGACCAUCAUUUCGAUGACCAUGCUGAUCGCCGUGUCCCUUUUCAUUUUUGCAUGUGUGGCCAUAGAGCUCAUUGCGAAGGAUCAUCAGUUGCAACAAGACGAGACAACCCGAGACAUUCUCUCUGGAAAUUUUGCCGGGUUACCAAGCACAUUGCUCACUUUGCUACAGUUCGUCACCUUGGAUGAUGUUGCCGACGUGUACUUCCCUUUGAUUAUGGCGAAACCGUACCUUUGCGCCUUCUUCUUUCCAAUUCUCAUGUUCAUAUCCGUGGGACUGAUGAAUCUUGUAACAGCCAGCUUGGUGGAAAAUGCAAUGCAGACUGCAGCACUUGAAGCAGAAGAAGAACGGCUUAAGCUCAAGAAGAAGGUCAAAAAUGCUUUGCCAUCUUUGAUUGAGAUUUUCCACCAGCUUGAUGCCGAUCAUAGCGGGCUCAUCACCCAUGACGAAGUAGAGAAUGUACCGGUAAGCAUUUUGCCUCCAAGGGUAUUGGAUUCGAUUUGCGUGGAGAACAUGGCAGACAUUUUUGAUUACCUGGACGUGGAUGGCACUGGAGAACUUACACAGAUGGAAUUCGUCGAGGGGUUGCUGAACCUUUGUUUGCUUGGCAUGCCAAUCUCAACGAUUCAGUGCUUAAAGCUUCUGCAACUUUUGCGGGGUGGAUUGGGCCGCAUGGACGAGAAGAUGCAUGUUCUAGGGGCUCAAGUCAGUGAGCUUCACGACAACAUCUGCGGAAGCGUCAUCCGCAACGUUCGUGUCUGA